AUGGCUUCCAACAUGACCAGCGCUGCUCCAGAUACUGCUUCUGCUACAGCUUCAGCUUCAGCUUCCUCGUCCUCCAGUCCUCUCGAAGUGCCAGCCAUCAUUCUGACUCCUCCGACUCCCCCUCCGACUCCGCGUCCAGCUCGUGGUCGCGCUCGAUCCCGUGCUAUCAGCUCAGCAAACCCCCUUCUCGAGCCUGUAACGCCGGAGGAGGAAAGUGUCGCCUACCUUGCUCGAGUGAUCAAUAGUGAGCGGGAAAGGGAAGCUGCUUUAUUUCUUCUCAAUCCCGGCAGCCCAGAAGUUCAGCGUGGUGUCUCUCCGGAGCGUGAAGCUUUCGAACGCGCGCAGCAACGGAGCGGUGUAUUCCAACCAGGAGGAUACCGGGGCACGUCCUUGACCUCUCAUCGUCGCUUUCGAUCUGACACCGAGGGAAAUCCACACCAUAACCAGACAGAUCUGCUUCGGUUUCCGGCUCCAACUGACCCCCAAUCAACCGCACAAUAUACGCGUGCAUCAGCCCUACGAUACCUAGCUGGACAACCUGGAAUUGGACGUUCAUCCCCCCAAAAUCUAGUCCUUACAGGUACAGAUACCGAUACCACACCUUCUACACCCACCGAACCUCAGUAUCCUUCCCCGACUCACCCCAAUCCUCGAGCUCUCCUAGUCGACGUUCCGGAUUUCCCAACAGACGUCUUCGAGGACCAGCACAGCCCGCCUAGGGUCGCUGCAACUAUCAACCGGCCCAGAAGAAUGAACUCCCAAAAUUAUAUCGAUACGCCUCAGGGCGGAUCAAACCCUCGCCAAGCACCCCCUUCCCCAUCUCAAGGAAUGGCCCAUACCAAUGGCAUGAACGGUGGCAUGAGCGCUGGCAAUGGCCUCGUUGGCUACCCCACUCCUGCUGGCCAUCAGUCAGAUCUGAAUUACGUGAUGUCUAUGGUGGAGGAACUGUCUGGCAUUCUCCGAAUCAAUCAACAGCUCACUGCGAGCGUGGUUGACAAGAUGGGGAAAGUCCGUGAAAAGGCCAAGAAUACCAACCUUAGCAAUGAUGAACUCAUCCAAGCUGUCGCUGAUGAGAUGAAUGAGGAUUCUGAGAAUCUCGAGAAAGAUAACUCCGAGCUUCGAAAGGCAUUGGAGAAGUCUGAGAAUAACAAGAAGGAGAAUUGGAAGCUUGCAGUCCACGGUGCAGAGAUCCUUGCCGAUAUCGCAGAGAAGAUGCAUCGAUUCAAAGAGCAGCACGAAGCUGACACCCUGGCGUGGCACAAGAAUUACCGGAAGCAGCUAGCUGAUGAACGCGAGGAGAAUCUCAAUCUUCGCAAUCAGAUCAAUGACAUGAAAGCUGCUGCCUGCCGAGCAAACGAAAGCCUCCGCCAGAUGCGACGCUACGUUACUGACAACGAUAAGUGGCAUGAGAUGAAAGUUGAGAACCAUCAUCUUCGGACGGAGAAGAGAUUCUGGAAGAGACUGGCUUUGCCAUUGAUCCCAGAUGAUGAUUCUGAGUGGAGUGACGAUGAUGAUCUCAUCGACCCGGAGGAGAAGCAGCGCGAGAUUGCCAAGAAGGAGAAAGAGCGGAAGGAUAAGGAGGAUGGUGGAAGUGGUGAGGACGGUGAUCAGGUCUCUUAG